AUCCAUAGUAUCUGUUGAAAUAUACUAAUAUGAUUCUUCCGAUACGUUUCAACCUGUAAUUAAAUGCUCUAGCCUGCCAUCGAUUCGUGCACUUUGACGCGUGAACUGUUUUCCUGACUUACUGUUACUGUUCGAUUCGAUCGACGAUGACGUCACGUGUCUCACUCUUCUUCUUGUUCGUCUGAACAGAUCCGGAUCCUUCCUCGGUUCUUGUCCUACAGACCAGAACUUUAUCGUCAGUUCCUCUCCCAAACAUGGUGAAUGUGCUCAAGGGAGUUCUGGUUGAAUGUGACCCUGCAAUGAAGCAGUUUCUCUUAUACUUGGAUGAAACUUCUGCCCUGGGGAAGAAAUUCAUCAUUCAGGACCUUGAUGACACGCACGUCUUCAUUCUGGCGGAAGUAGUUCAGAUCCUACAGGAGAAAGUGGGGGAGCUAAUGGACCAGAACUCAUUUCCCAUUACCCAGAAAUAAAGGCACUGGCCCCUGGGAGUUGUGGGGGUUGGGGAGGACAGUUCAUUUUGUCAUGAGGAAAUAUUUAUGAAGUGUUAGAGAGCUGCACGGAUUCACAUUUUGUUCAGAUACCUGAACCAAUAAUAUUGUCUUGAUGAAUGGCUAAAUGUGUUAAAAGUUAUGUGAAUUUGUUUAAACUGAUUUUUACUUUGAAAUGCUGCCUUGUGUUACUUUCAGGACAUGGUUGUAAAAAAACCUUUUUUUGUAAGAUGGCAUGUGUCCAUAAUUAAAUAAAUGUUUG